GGUCGGUCCAUCUCAACAUCUUCAGUCUUCAGCGUGCUGUCGUCUUCAAUGCGGGUUACACGUGACGCUGUGGUACUUUCCGGUACUGUGUGAUUAUCUAGAGUGCGAGUUGUUUGAACCAGAGAUUUUUCGACGAGAUGGAUAGGAGCGCGAUGGACUGGUACCACCUUUACAAAUUGGGAUUGGCAAUACUGUUGUAUGCUGGGUACUGUACACGACCGAUGAAUUGUUUGGAACCCAAUGAGAAAUUUAAUGAAGAAGACUUAGUUUUCUAUCAAGGAGUCACCGGAAAACCCGGAGUCGACUUUCCGGUACUAUCCCACAUCCCUCGUACCACUUUUAGUUGUCGGGACGUGGACUCCGGUUAUUACGCCGACUUAGAAACGGAUUGUCAGGUUUUCCAUAUUUGUGAAGAAGGGAAGAAGAUUUCCUUCCUGUGUCCCAAUGGUACCAUUUUCCAACAAUCGGAGCUCAUUUGUGAGUGGUGGUUCAAGGUCAAUUGUACCGACUCGCCCAACUUCUAUGAAGAAAGUGCUGAACAAUUAAGAGAAGAUAAUGCGAGAAGAAAGGCUUCGAGAAGAGUACCAAAUCAUGGUGCUAUUAUGCGAACUGAGGAACAUUCUUCCGUUUCAGCAAGUCAAAAUGGAAGAAAGUUUGAAGUUGGUACCACUUUUCAGGAAACUAAUGACUUAGCAAGAGCCCAAAGUGCGGAUUUUGUGAGAGAUCAGAAGAAUAAGAAAGGAAGAAAACCGGUUCAGUUCCAGACGCAACCGACUGUAAAUGAAGAAAGAAAUUUUGGUACCACCAUUGGAGAUCAGAAGAGCAGAGCAAAUGGAAGAUCUAACAGUCAGUACCAAAGUGGUACUACUGCAGUACCACAACACAAUAGACAAUCUGGACGAGAUGGCAGAAAUUACAAUCAGUUUGGUACCACCUCGCCACAAAAUAAAGACAGAAAGGUGGUACCAAACAAUCAGCAAAGUCAAAAUAGAAAUCAAAAGUUUGAAGCAAAUAGAAAAAGUUCUAAUAUUUUUGGUACUUCCGUUGUGCCAAAUAGCAAUUUCGAAUCAAACCAAAAUGCCAAUUUUCAACAAAAAAGUAAUAAUUUUGGUACCACAAAUAAUGACAAAGUAGUACUUAACAAUAACCAAAACGUUAAACACAACCAGAAUUUUGGUACACGUGACGAGAAUAAUAACCAUUUUAAUAAUAAUUUCCGGAACCACAACCAAAAUAAUGGUUUUGGUACCACUAACGAAAUUAAGAAUGUGGUAUUGAAUUCAAUCAACUCUCAACAAAAUCAAAAUCAGAAUAAGGAUAACGAAACUAAAAAAAAUAAUUUUGGUACCAAUGCAGUUGAUAAAAAAGUGGUACCAAAUCAAUUUAACAAUCGGCAAUCAUCACAGAAAAAUGAUAAUAAAAAUCGACAAGAGGAGUUGAGCCCAUUUUUUAAUAAUGGUUUCCAAGAUUCAGAUACUGACAGUACCGAAAGUACCGAGAAAAAAUCAUUUGGUUCCAAUUUGAGUUUUUCUCAACAGUCAACAUUCAAAGACCGAAAUUUUAAUUUAAAUGAAAAGAGCAAUCAAAAAGUAGAGGAAAAUAACCGUGGUACCACUUUUGGGUUCAGUACCACCACCACGACGCCAGAACCAAGAUACAGUCAAGCAAAUAAUCAACAAAGUACCACUUCUCAACCCAAUAUACAAAAUCACAGGUUGAGUACUACUAUUGGUACCACUCUCCAACCUAACGUCGCGGUACCAUUCACAAGUCCCAACUUGCAAAAUCACCGAUUAAGUACCACCAGUCAGGAACCUCGGCAAACCAAACUUUUCAACAUUGACGGGAAAGGUAGUACCAUUAAACAAACAAGUACGGUACCAUUGACCCGAAACGAUAUAGUAAAUCGGCGAUUGGAACCAAGCGACUCUGAUGAGUCUCAAAUAACGCAAGAAACGUCGUCUUUUUAUAAAAAUUCGUUUAAUCGAAUUGAUCAAACUGUCAAACCUACGAGUAAUCCGCACCCGAACCAUAGAAGUACCUAUAGUGAAAUCAAGGAACCCAAAUUUCACUCAACCAAGGCUUAUACUUCCCUUUCUUCAGUCACUCCGCAAUAUUUGACCACACAACCCAUAAAUAAUGGACGGCCGUUCAUAGGAAGCCAGGUUGGUACCACCUUGAGAGGGUUUGGUACCACCAAAGCCGUGACUUACUUUACAACGCCCAGAUCAGAAACAAGUUUUGUUGGUACUACUUUGGGUACUUCGACAGUGGUACCAACCGAAAUUUUUAAUAUUGGUCGUACCGAUAAAUCGUUAAAACCGGUUUUUUCAACACUGUCAACUUUCACACCUUUACCUCCUUUAAAUCUAACGGUACCAUCACAAGGUUCCUUCAAUACGGGUACUCCGAGUCCAACAAUCAAGAGUAGUACCAACAGGGUUCCUGACCAUGCUACUGUCUACGGGAAGUUUGUUAAAAGUGGAGCAACGACUCCAGCUACAAGAACCAAAAUUUUAUUAUCAAAAUCAGUUUUUGGUACCACUCCUAAAACAUCAGCUGAAAUUUUAAGUACCUCCGAUAGUUACAAUCGAGGCAACUCGCAAGUCCGUUUUUUCGGAAAGGUUCAUACCACGAACAAAGUACCAAGCAGCACCGCUUUACCUUUGUCAUUCGGAACCACCAUUGGUACCACCCUGAAACCCACACUUCCCGGUUUCUUCGUUACCAAAAAUGCAAUUCCAAGUGAAAUAGUCCGCCCUCGGCCCUUCCAACUCCCCCCUGAACCAGAUUUCGGCCAACCCAUUUUUGGUACCACCCAAAAUCAAGUCACUACCCCCAAACCGACCUACCCCACGUACAAAAUCUCAUCAGCGAGUCCAUUUUCAGGCCCAUCCACCCCCGAACCAACCCUCCCAACGCCUUUUACCACCACCCAGGUACCACCCUCAACUUUUGAAAGUGUUGAUAGUAUGAUAACAGCUUUGGCCGAAAUGGCAAAUAACAACUUCACUGAUAGUCCAAGACCUGGCCUUGUGAUCCCCCCUUCAGCCGGCCCUCAAACCCUCCACACACUUGCCCAGUAUUUUGCAAAUGCUUUGGAUGGAAUUGGUACCGAGAAAGAAGAUGAAGAAGAAGGGGAUGAAGAAAACUUGACCAAAGUCGAGUUAGAGAAGAAGAAAUUGACCGAAUUGUUGACCCAAAUGACCAUGAAUCGUUACAAUGAACUUUUCCACGAGGAGAGUACCACCGUGGUACCAAGAACCAAAAGUGACGAAGAUAACGAUUUGGAAGGGCAACAUUCGAAAAGCCCGGCGACCCCAAAAGUCCGUCAAUUGGCCAAAGUCUUCACCCAAGCCCUAUCGUCGUACCUUGACGACCCUGCCACCUUCAAAAAGGUACUAGAGGAGGUACGACCCACGGAACCACCGGCUCUUGACAACGAGGAACCCGAUGACGAAUUAUUGAACUUCUCAGAUGCUGACACCAAAUCGAGCUUUUCACCCUUUUUCCCACCCAAAGUACCAGCGGUACGACCCACAUGGGGGUACCUAGUUGCCUACAACACCACCCCUCACAAUCUCGACGUGAAAAACUCCCUUGGGGGGACUGAAGAGAACUUGCAAGGGGCCGAUAGCCAAUCAUUCGUGUCACAAUUCAACAAACUCCAGAACCAAGUGGAAAGUACCACUGGUACCUCGGUACCACUCCCGGAGGACCACUGGACUACGUCUCCUGACGCUACCAAAUUGUGGAAAACGGCGUUUUCCUUCGACCCGGCGUCAAUCAACCACAAUUUUGGUACCACCGAACCAACUGGUACCACAACUGAAGAAGUGGAAAGCCACCAUGAAAUUCGCUACGAAUUGCGAGCCUUGCCUCAACUUGAACUAAACUCGACUCAAGUUCACGGAAUUUUGAUCGAUUUUAUGAACACGACGAAGAAAGACGAAGAUAGCCGAUUACAGAGGAUCCUCCGGAAGCUCAACACCACCGAAGACGAAUUCUUGGCCAAAAUGAGGGAAAUCGAGGCGAAUCCGCUCACUCGAAGACUUAUUCUUCUCCUGAUAAGCGAAUGCGGGAAUGGUACCCAAGCGGUACCACUCCACACUUUACUCACCAACAGUACCGAAUUGCUUCAAACGGCGAGUAGUACCCAUGGUUCCGGGUUCAAGAUUGUCGAUCCGAGUCUGGAUAAUGACAGUCAGGAUGCAAGGGCCUUGCAAUUGUUGAAUUCUUUGUAUACUAUAGCUUCGAGGUUUGGAAAAUGAGAUCGAUUAGGAAAUUGAGUGAAUGGUUCCGAGUGAUAUUAGUUAAGUAUUUAAGAUUUUUUAUCAUUUUGUUAAUUCCUAUCAAUCAUAAUCGUAAUGUAAAUUUUGUAAAUAAAUUGUUAUUUUAUAGCA